GUUCCUUACAAAGUCUUUAAACCCAUCCUUUUGUAUUGCUUCGACCGCUCAUUAUCCCCAGGACAAUAUUUCGUCGUAAAGUUUCCAAUACUAUCCAAUAUAGUCUAAACAAACCGGAAAUCCCGAUCCUACUACAGGUCUCGAUAAGGCCAUCAUGGCAGAAACAAUUCCUAUGAUUGCGUGGUGGUUCCUUGACAAGAAAAAAGCAUUCGAAACCGAGCAGAAAUAUAAGGAGACGAACAAGAAAAUCACCGAAGUUCUCCUUGCUCAAGAACAGGAACGCUCAGCUCGGCAGGAAGCUGAACGCAAAGAAGAGCAAGAACGCCAAGCCCGAAAGGAAGCAGAGCGCCGCGAAAAACAAGAGCGCAUAGCUCGAGAACAAGCCGAGCUUAGAGAAGAUCAGGAGCGCUUAGCCCGAGAAAAUUCAGAACACAGAGAAGCGCAGGAACGUCUGGCCCGAGAGGAGGCAGAGUCCAGGGAAGAGCAGGAACGCCUAGCUCGGAAUUUAGCAGAGGCUCGGGAGAAAGAAGAACGUAUAGCCCGAGAACAAGCAGAGCAAAGAGAGGGACAAGAGCGCUUAGCUCGACGAGAGGCAGAACAGAGAGAAAAGCAAGAACGUUUGGCUCGACAGCAAGCAGAAUGCAGAGAGGAGCAGGAACGUCUAGCUCGACGAGAAGCAGAGCUUAGAGAGGAACAAGGCCGCUCAGCUCUAGAAUUGGCACAACUCAACGAACGUUUAGCUCGAGAGGCCGAGAGAAAGGAAAGAUACGAGCGCGAACUGCGCGAACUCGGUGUUUUACCAGACCGCAAAAUCACCGACGCCGAUAUCAAAUAUGCCCGCGCCGUGGCAGGAUACGAAGACGGAUGUGUCAAUAUCGCCCUUAUCGGCAGCCAAGGAACGGGCAAAUCCUCUCUCAUCAACUCACUGCGCGGUUUAAGUCACGGCGAUCGAGACGCGGCCGAAGUGGGUGACAUCGAAACAACUUUGAGACGGAAGAAGUACAGAGACAGCAAAAGCAUCGUCUGGUAUGAUAUCCCAGGAUCGGGAACUCGAAAUGUUUCGGCAUGGCAGUAUUAUUACGACAACGAUCUUUAUAUUUACGAUAAGAUCGUGUUUGUCCACGGUAAAAUCCUGACUGAAUCAGACUUGAGGAUCCUAAAGCUAUGCCAGUACAGAAAGCAAGAAUGGGUUUCUGUGCGUUCUAAGGCCGAUCUGCACAUAUGGAGCUAUAAACGACGAAGGGGAAUGUGCCCCGCCGAGGCUCGCCAGUGCUAUAUCGACGCUGUUCGGUCGGACACAGCUACGUAUAACGCACGAGACGAGAAUUCGGUUGAAGAUUUAAAGCUGUCCGUGAAAGACUACAUAGUAUCCGACAUGGGCGUUCUCCAGCUCGUCACCGGCUCCGAGCCAUCUGAAGACCCUAUCGAACAAGUCAUCGACGAAGCCGCCUUCCUGGAGGACUUGGGUUUAUCACCCGGAAGAGUGGAAAGCAAGUAGGGACAUUGCGGUUGUUCGAAUAACUAUUACGUGUUUAAAUUUGCUUGUUACCUUGGAAGUUAUGUUACGAGAUUGAGAAUGCUGUUACGAAUGGAACAAGUCAACUAAGACUCCCCGGCGGAGUGCGAUUGUAGGUUAAAUGUGUGAGAGAAUAGGGUUAUGUAUUUGAGAAGACCAUCUUAAAAUUUUUGGAAGAGGCUCACGAGUUCACAAGGCAUGUUAAUGUAAUUA